AUGCCGCACACACAGCCCGAGCACAGCGACAACCAUCGCAACGACGACGACGACGCCCCGCAUGUGGUCGUCGAGAACCAUGCCUCCCAUCGGCAGCCGCAGGGCACCAUUGCCUCGUCGGUCAUCAACAUCACCAACACCAUUCUGGGCUCGGGGAUGUUGGCGAUGCCCUCUGCAGUAUCGAGGGUUGGCUUGCUGCUGGGUGUCCUGAUCAUCCUGUUCUCGGCAUUUGCAUCGGGCUUUGGGCUGCUGCUGCUCUCCAUCUGUGCUGCCAAACUUGGCGGCCGCCAAUCGUCGUUCUUCUCGAUUGCAUCGGUCACCUACCCUUCGGCUGCCAUCUACUUUGACUUUGCCAUUGCCAUCAAAUGCUUUGGUGUUUCCAUUUCGUAUCUCGUCAUCACGGGCUCGCUGAUGCCCAAGGUUGUGGAUGGAUUCUUCCCGCUCCUGGACUCGGCCUCGGCUUGGCGCACCAAGGAACUCUGGAUUGUCAUCGGCCUUUUGAUUGUUACGCCCUUCUGCUUCGCCAAGAGACUGGACUCGCUGCGAUACACAUCGGCGCUAGCCCUGGGCGCCGUCGUAUACCUGCUGUUCAUCGUCAUUUACUAUGCCCUCAGCCCGUCGCCGGAGAUGCCCCCCAAGAUCCCGUGGGGUGACAUUCGGUGGGCCAACCUGGACCUGUCCUUCUGGAAGACCCUUCCGAUCUUUGUCUUUGCCUUCACCUGCCAUCAAAAUAUCUUUGCUGUCUACAACGAGAUUCGCGACAACACCAUUGGCCGCAUGUCCAAGGUGAUUGUGGCCUCGAUCGGCACAUCCUUUACCGUUUACGAGCUUAUCGGCGUCAUCGGAUACAUUACCUUUGGCAACAACGUCUCGGACAAUGUCAUUAGCAUGUAUCCUCCCGGAAACACCGUCACUGGCGGCCAGCUCGCCAUUGCCAUUCUGGUCCUGCUCAGCUACCCGCUUCAAUGCCAUCCCUGCCGCAACUCACUCGAAAAGGUUCUUUCUCACUAUCAGAAGCGACGCCAUGUCGAGCGCGAAGGCCAAGGCGCCAUCGAACCCGAACAUAUUUCACCCCUGCUGCCAGCCGGCUCUGCCGAACAAGGAGCUAGCCCCCGGCGUCAAUUUGAGAUCGACGCCCGUCUGCUGACCGUUGGGAUUAUCAUCUCGACCCUUGUCAUUGCCUUGGUUGUCCACGAUUUGUCUACGGUCCUGGCCUUUGUUGGCGCAACUGGCUCCACUACCAUUUGCUACAUCCUGCCCGGGCUGUUCUACUACCGACUUCGCCAGGUCAUGGACCGACCGGACGAAGCUACGAAAUGGGACAUUAUGAAAGUCGGCGCGGUGGCCUUGGCGGGCUGGGGCAUGUUUGUCAUGGUCCUCAGUCUGUCUCUGCAAAUCUCGGGUGCCGGUGGCGGCCACUAGAUCCGCGAUGUGACUCUGGUAAAUUGGAUCUGUUGUGCCAGCGCCCUCGAUUUCGGCUCAAGGAAGCGUCCAGUGAUGUUGGCUGUUGGAGAGUGAG